CAAUCUCAUCUCAACACUUUUCACACAAGAUCGAUCGAGCUCACCACGACGAAGUAACGUAACUCUCUAGUAGCAAUGGCGCCAACCAGCACCACCAAGAAUGCCCUGGUGCUCCUUCUACUGGCGCUCCUCCCCCUGAGCACCCUCUGCUCCCGCGCCGGCCCGUCCGCGCACCACAGCCACGGCCACGGCGCCAAGCACUCGCCGCCUUCGCCUUCUCCACCCCCGGCCACGGCCGCGCUGGUGCGCGCCACAUGCAACUCCACGGCCUACUACGACCUCUGCGUGUCCGCGCUGGGCGCCGACCCCUCCAGCGCCACGGCCGACGUGCGUGGCCUCUCCGCCAUCGUCGUCUCCGCCGCCGCCGCCAACGCCUCAGGCGGCGCGGCCACGGCCGCCGCGCUGGCUAACGGCACCGCCACGGCUCAGCACGCCGACGCCACCGUGCAGGCGCUGCUCCGCACGUGCGCCGCCAAGUACGUCGACGCCCGCGACGCGCUCUCGGCCGCCAGGGACUCCAUCGCGCAGCAGGACUACGACUACGCGUCCGUGCACGUGAGCGCCGCCGCCGAGUACCCGCAGGUGUGCAGGGCGCUGUUCCGGCGGCAGAGGCCCGCCGCGUACCCAGCGGAACUGGCAGCCGGGGAUGAGGCGCUUGGGAAGCUCUGCUCCAUCGCGCUCGACAUCAUCACGCUCCUCUCCCACAGCAGCUGAUCCAGAGAUCAAGUCAUCUUGCGUUGCAUUAGCUAGCCUUUACUCCAUCGAUUCGUUCAUGUCAUGUCAGUCCAGUGAGUCCACACCAAGUGUAAUGACUAAUGACACGCAUGUACGUCGUCUGUAUGAUUUUGCUAGCGGCCGUAUACUGCUAGUACAGAUCAGCUUGUUAAUCUGUACUUACUCGAUCCAGUAUAUGUGUACGUUGACUUGAUUAAUCUUGUUAUGCUAAACUUAUUAGUUCAAAGAAACUACGUACGUACGUACGUAUUCCUAAAA